UAGCCGCGAGCCACUGGACUAUAUAAUACUUCAGCAACACUUCGCGCCAUCCAUUCAUUUCUUUCGCACGGAACUCAGCGGAGAAAAGCACACCAUUUGUUUAGAAAAUGUCAAGACGCAGUAGUCGCAUCACAUUACAAGAAAGAAAUGAAAAUGCACCUGAACAAAAUAAACCGCAGAGGAAAAGAAAAAGCGAGCAGUGCAAUAGAAGAAUCCCGUCAGCAGCUAAGAAACAACACUAUGAAAUUCAGAACCGGUGUUUUGAAGGUGAUGUUAGUCCCAGUGUGUUAAUCGAGACUCCUCAGAAGGAGCUUCAUCAGGAGACCGCUAAUCUUUCUGGUUUCAAGCACUUCAGAUUCAAGAACCUCUUUGUGAAACCCUCUCCGCUGCCAUGCCUCAGUUGGGCCAGUUCAGAUGAUGUGUGGAUAAAGAUGCUGAACAAGGAGCUGAAGUAUGUACACGACAAGAGCUUCAUCCAGCAACAUCCAAAUCUGCAGCCCAAGAUGAGGUCCAUUCUGCUGGACUGGCUCAUGGAGGUCAGUGAAGUUUAUACUCUGCACCGGGAGACAUUUUAUUUGGCUCAGGACAUCUUCGAUCGCUUCAUGCUCACUCAAAAAGACAUUGGCAAAGAUCACCUGCAGCUCAUCGGCAUAACAUCACUCUUCAUAGCCUCAAAAAUAGAGGAGAUUUACCCGCCAAAGCUCCAGGAGUUUGCUUAUGUGACGGACGGGGCCUGCGACGAGGAGGAGAUUCUUUCUCAAGAGCUCGUGAUGUUAAAGGCGUUGAAGUGGGAGCUCUGUCCUGAGACCGUCAUGUCAUGGUUGAAGCUCUACUCCCAAGUGGACUCUUUGAAGGAUGAUGCUAAUUUCCUCAUUCCCCAGUUCUCGCAGGAAACCUACAUCCAGAUCACACAGUUGUUGGAUCUCUGCAUUUUAGACAUUAACUGUUUGGAUUACCAGUAUGGAGUCCUCGCUGCUGCUGCGUUUUGUCACUUUACUUCUUUUGAAACGGUCCAUAAAGUAUCAGGACUCACGUGGGACAGCAUUUCAAGCUGUGUGCGGUGGAUGAACCCGUUUGCGCGGGCGGUACGUGAAUGGCCCAGACCACAGCUGAAGGACUUCAAAAAGGUGGCGACAGACGCUCGACACAACAUACAGACCCACGUGGACUACCUGGCCAUGCUGAGUGAAGCACAUGAUCGGCAGCAGGACAGCAUGGACCGGAUGUCUCCAUUGGCUGUAGCCGGAAUAUUGACCCCUCCUAAAAGCACUGAGAAACCUGCAAAUGCCUGAAGGGUUUGAGGAGAACCUGGCAUAGCUAGUCUUCAUUUAAUGCAGUCACAGCCCAGAGAGGUGCGAGACCUUCCACACCAACACAUCCAGAGACUUCCAGUUGUUGUGUGCGGUGUUGAAUCAGGUUGAGAUGCUAUAACCUUCAGAUGUUUGGUCUCCCAAAGCAGUAUUUGAAGCACUCAAAAGUGCCUUCCAUCAAAGAGUGGAUUCAUAUCCAUUUUCUGAAACUAGAAACGAAACAUUAAUGAUCUCAGACUGAAAGAGCUUCUGGCCAUGUUGUCAGAUCAGAGGUUUGGAUAAAUGCUGCUGCUUUGUGGAUCAUAUGUUACUGUUUUAUUUCAUGUAAAUAUGAUUUAAUUUUAUUGUGUGUGUGCGUAUGAUAACGUAUGAUGUGAAACAUGUUCUUAAUUUUGGCAUCAGUGUGGUCCGAUGCUAACCCAGUGGUGUGAACUCUGCUAAACAGGACGAUUAGGUUAUUGGCUUAUUUUCUUAAACCUUUACAUCAUUGUGAAUGUCAUUCCUGUGUUUUCAUUCUCCUGCGACAGAAGAUAUUCCUGGAAGACUUGACUGUUUUCACCCCUCGGAAGUGAAUUUGCCAAACUGAAUUUAAGCAAACUGCAUAUUUAUUUCAUAUAGAUUGUCUUUGUAAUAUUUGAAUUGCAAUUGUGUUCCUCAAUGCCAAAGGCAUAUUUAAUAAU